GUAUCAGUAAUAUAAUAGAGAUAAAGUUGUGUGUGUUUUUGUUUUCUCUCACAAAACGAAAACAAGACAUCACUGCAUAGCAACAGUGUUUUCCAGCGAGAAGGCGCGUGGAACACCCUAUAGAGCAAGGAGAAGAGCGACGUGUAUUAUUCCGCGUACACGCCCUAUUUUUAUUUUUUUCUCUUCUCCUGGUUUCGAUAACGCUUUGGUGCAUAGAACACGAUUUUGCAGGGCAUACAUUCUCGUGUCUACUUCCCGCUUCAAAGUGCUGGAAAGGUCACGAGAAGAACAGAAAGCAAGAAGUUGUUCCGCUUCUCAUUUGCGUUUUCUUUCUCUUUUUUUUUCCCUUCCCGUCGACAUCAGAGGGAAGCGCCAUACAAAACAGUUUCUCUAUUUAAUAGAGGCUUUUUGUGUGUGUGUGUGAGCAGUUUCACUGGGCACAGCAGACACGAUGAUGCGUGGUGCGUCUCGUAUUGCCGCGCGCUCGGUGCCACUGUCGGUGCCGUUGCGCGGCGUUGCCGCGACCUUGACAGCCUCGCAGCGCUGCUUCGGCUCCCGGUACAGCGACGACCUCGGCCACUACAAGCGACCCUACGCGACGGAGAGCCGUAGCGGGGCACACCGACACCCGCCCCGCAAUGAGGUGCUACGCGAGCAGCGCGCUGCUGCUGCUGCCACGACGAAGCCGGUCCACAACGAGGUACUGGAGGAGGACGUGGAGGCGGACGCGCCACCGAGCAGCCCCAAGAACCACUACCCGGAGCUCUACAAGAAGAAGACAGAUGAGCGUCUUGCUUUUACCAGCAACUUCCGGGAGCCAGAUAUGAAGCCCAUCCUCAACGCGGCACACAGGAAGCCGCAGACAAGGCCGCAGCACCGCGUGGGUGUGGCGGCGGCCGACCUCGACGACACCGACGUGACCCGCAUUUACAGCAAGGAGGAGGUGCGGAACAUGGCUCAGCGGACGGAGGAGGAACCCGGGGAGGUGAUGACGGCCGCGGCCGACGACGUGCUCGACGUAUUGUCUACGGAGGACGCAGCCCCUAAGGCUGCUGCUGCUGCUGCGCGGCCGACGGCGACAGAGGAGCUGGAUGUGGCAGACACGGAGGAUGACGUGGACGAGUUCGCUGAGAUUCGUAGUCACCCAUUCUUCACAGACAUGUUGCGGCGGGUGGAGCGCAACAUGAUCCGCUUCCGCAAGGAAACGCGCUCUCUGGGUCGUUACAGCGUCGAGGCCGUCAACGAGUGCGUGCGGCCGCUGCUGCAGCUGACCGACUACCCUCUCACCGCCACCCAACUCUCGCACCUCUCGCACAGCAUCAGCCCUGCGGUGCUCAAGAGUUCGCUGCGCGAGCGCAGUGCUUGCCGUCGGCUGCAACUCUACCGCUCUCAAGACACGGACCUGCUGCUGGACUGGUCUGUCGAGGACUUUCUCCGCCGUCGCUACGAGAGCGUGCACCUCUCGUGGGAGCCGAUGGACGUCAUCUGCCGCCGCUUUGGCUGGACGCCGGAGAUGCUGAGCGACCGCGAUUACCUCCUCUACUUUUCGGCGUUUCCCGACUACGUGGAGAUGGCAGAGCUGCAGUCGACAACCAAGGGUGAGCCGAGGGCGGUGCCGAUCACGGACCCCGUCGCGCGGGCAACGGAAGACCCCAUCCCAGCCGACCGCCUGCUGCUGCGUCGCAAGGCUUCCGCGGACGCUGAGCCCUCUCUCACAGAGUCCAUCCGUCUGAUGGGCAGUCCCGCGGUGAACACUCCGCUCAAGGGCAAGAAGGCGCAGCGCAUGCGCCAGCACGGUGGCGACAACGUCGCGGACUACUUCAGUGCGGUCGAGUCGGCCGCCAACGACGUGGACGGCGUGGAGGCGGUGAAGCUGCGGCACGCCGCGGACACGGUCCCGCCACUGCGUCAGGCCUCCCACCCCGGCGGCCGCAGCAUUCGUGAGUUCUCGUUGCCCAAGUCUCAUGCCGCGCCAAGCAAGUCGACGGCGCCUGCUGCGCCGGAAACGCCUGUUGAUGCUGCUGCCGACGUUGCGAGCAAUGAAGGCGGCGAAGCCCCUUUUGACCAAAAGAAGUUUGAGGAGCUGUCCAACGCGUACCACAACACCAAGGUCGAGAACUCGCUGCUGCGUCGUCGCAUGCUGGCCACAGACAGCCCCGACAAGGCACAGGAACUGCAGGCCGAACUGGCGAAGGGCCGCCGCGAGGUGGCGCGACUGGAGCAGGAGCUGGAGCUGAUGCGCGAGCUGAAGCGACACACGAUGGCAACGAGCACGGCUGCGACGGGCGGCUUCCACGUCCCGCGUGGGCUGCCGCAGUACGCGGAGGCGCCAGAGUUUGACGGACCCGUGAAGUCAAAAAACGCCAGCGCCGUCGAGGACAUUGACGACGACGAGAUCGAGCAGGCCUUGAGGGACUACAAGGAAGAGGAAGAGCUCCUGCUGCACAGCAGGGCGGCGCCGGCCAGAGUUGCUGCUGCGUCUGCUGCGUACACCGCCACGAGUGCCGCCCCCACCGCCGCGGCGGACGAGGACGAGUACGAGGAGGUGGAGGUGGAGGUGGACGACGUGGACGGCGACCUGACCGCGGCGGAGGAGCAGGGGGAGGACGUCACGGACGUCGUCGCUGCCGACGCAGAGGCGGACAGCCAGGACGCGCCGCUGGUGGAAGUGCGCGCUACGUCGCGACCGGCGACGGCGAAGCACGACCAGCAGUGGCAGGAGGAGCUGGAGGCCGCCGUGGAGCAGCACGAGGCUGAGAUGGAAGAGGACGAAGACUUCUCGGCUGCCCUCCGCGACACUACCACUCCCGCCACUACCCCAUCCGCACGCCUGCAGCAGCUGGCCUCCCUGCACGAUCGACUGUCCUCGGCGGCGGACCGCGCACGUCGUUAUUUAGGAACGGUGGAAACGCGUCGCACCGAAGUGCUGGAGAAAAUUGAAAGCCAACUGGCAGACGCGAACAGGAAAGUGGGAAAACUAGAGGAGCAGCUCUCCGCGGUGGAGGAGGAACAGACAGCGCUGCAGGACGCGAUGGCCCGCGAGGAGGCGGAGCACAAGGCGCUCGAGGUGGAGGCGCAGCUGACGGCCCAGCGUGAGAAGCGCAUGGCGGAAUUGCAGCAGCAGCGGGAGCGUGCCCGCCUGGCACAGGAGGAGGCGGCCAGGGCUGUGGCGCGGCAGAGGGCGGCGGAGCAGGAGGCCUUGGCUGUGGAGGAGGAACUGCAGCGCAAGUUGCGCGACGUGCAGGCCCAGCUGCGCUCUUUGAAGGACAACGAAGAGGAGCACCACCACCAGCACACUUCUGCUACUGCUCUCAGAGCAGAAGAAGCGCAGGAGGUCGAGAGGAAGGACGUAGCCACCGCUCCGACCGGCGCCAAGUCUGCCGGAAGUGCCGUUUCCGCUCGUGCAGCGUCGACGACGACGGUGUCGGCGGCAGCAGCAGAGAAGGAGGAGGACAUGUCCAUGUCUCCUGCGUCCGCUGGUCAGUUCAUGUGCACUCCUGAGCAGUACGACGGGCUGCACCUCGCCGCGGACCGCCUCAAGAAGGAAAUCGCAGCUUUGGAGGCGCAGAUGGAGGAAGAGGGUGACGAGGAUGAUGAGACGCUCAUGGCUGUUCUCGCCGCCUCGCGAGCGGAUCUCGAGGAGCUGGAGGACUGCGUUGCGUCUGUGCAGGCCAACGCGACGUGGGCGGCCGCGCGCGACGCGAAGCUGGCGAAAGAGCUCACGCUCUCCGCCCAGGUCGCCGACACCGAGGCGCAUCGCCUUCAGAGCGCCAUCGACAGCCAUCGCUUCCAGAUUUCGCUGCUGGAGAAGCGCCUGCACCACACCUCGCAGAGGAACGUCAUGACGAAGCUGCGGGAUCGCAUCGCGCAGAAUCGCAAGUCUAUUAGUCAACUCCGAAUGGAGCAAGAUCGCCUGCGCCGCGCCGGCCGCGACGCGCUUGGCCUUCCCGCGUCCGUCAGCAUCGCCGAGACCCUCGCGCAUGAGGGAAAGGAGGCGGACGAGGCGAAGUUAGCCGAGGAGGCGCAGGCGGCAGCUGCAGCUGCCGCCGAAACGGAGGGUGUGUCCGCUGAGGAAGAAAGUGUCGAUGAUACUGCGGAGGGUGAGCAAAAUGGGGACGAAAAGGACGAAGAAUGGCAGUUGAAGGCAAACAGCGACAAGGAAAUGGACGCGGCGGGUGGUGGGGAGCGCGUGUCGAUGCCGAGCUCGGACGCCGAUAAGCUGCGGCUUCGCCUGGACAGCAUGGUGGGGGAUAUCCAGCACCUGCAGGACAGCAUCGAGGCCCAGGAGCGUAACUCCGACUACGACGACGAGGAGACAGAGGUGGUGCUGCGCGAGAUGAAGGAGAAGCUGAGCCAGCUGCAGCGCCUGCGCGAUCAGGUGCGGCGCGCCUUGGUGGAGGAGUCCGCCAACGGCCCGGCUGACGCUGGCGGUCCUACCCCGGUCAUUCGGCCUGCGUCGGGCGGCGCCUCCGCUGCACCGGUGGUGGGUCGCGCGGCCACGCCUGUCCGCAACGGGCCGUCGUCCUCGCAGUACGCGCGUGAGGCCCGCAUCUCGUCCGCAUCGAAGAAACUGCGAACCGCAGCCCCGCGCAGCAGUGCAACGUAUCGCCGUCGCUAA